AUUUCCCCUCUAUAAGUCGCCAUCUUGGCUACGUCUACUCACUCACUCAUGAAGAGGAGCUGCUGUACGUCAUGGUGUCAUAUGCGGACUAACUCAGCCCGGGUGGCUGAAAAAUUCAUGUUAUCGGUAAAAUGUGUGGAAGAACUGCUUGCACUCUUGCGCCUGACGAAGUGAGACGAGCCUGCUGUUACAAAAAUGGAAGAGGGCAGUGGAGAAAGCCGCGCUGGAAGGAUGGAGAUGCGGACAAAUACCGACCCUCUUACAACAAGAGCCCCCAGUCCAUGAGUCCAGUCCUGCUGUCCCAGAAGCAUUUUGAUAAGAAUGCUCCUGUGGAUGAAUGUGUGUUGGCCACUAUGCGUUGGGGUCUAAUACCUGCUUGGUUCAAGGAGAAUGACCCGAGCAAGAUGCAGUACAGCACCAGCAACUGCCGCAGUGAGAAUAUAUUGCAGAGGAAAUCAUAUAAGGACCCUCUGUUAAAGGGACAGCGGUGUGUCAUCCUGGCUGAUGGCUUUUAUGAGUGGAAGAGGCAGGAGAAAAACAAGCAGCCUUUCUUCAUCUACUUCCUGCAGACUCAGGGACUCAGGCAGGAUAAAACAAAGGAUCACAACACAGAGAUUUUAGAUACAGGGUGCCCUCCAAAGAAGGCCUCCCCUGGCCUGGCAAAGGAAGGGAAAGCACCACGGGAGUGGACUGGAUGGAGGUUGCUGACGAUGGCUGGACUGUUUGACUGCUGGAAUCCUCCAGAUGGUGGAGAACCCCUUUACACAUACAGCAUAAUUACUGUAAAUGCUUCCCCAAACCUGCAAAGCAUCCAUGAUCGGAUGCCAGCAAUCCUGGAUGGACAGGAAGAAGUGAGGAAAUGGCUAGAUUAUGGGGAGGUGAACUCUUUAGAUGCCCUGAAAUUGCUCCAGUCUAAGAACAUUUUGGCUUUUCACCCAGUGUCUUCACUAGUCAACAACCCACGCAACAGCUCUCCAGAAUGCCUUCAGCCAGUGGAGCUUGGCAGAAAAAAGGAGCCCAAACCAACAGCCAGCAGUAAGCUGAUGAAGGGCUGGCUGACGAGCAGUCCGCCUUCAAAGAGGAAGAGGUCUGACACACCUGAGAGUAAAGACCAUAACAAAAAGGCAGAGACUCAGCCCAGGUCCACAGGCGCUCUUCAGCAGUGGCUUCAGAGAUCCAGCAAGAAACCAAGAACCAAAUGAAGAUAUGGACUUGGACUGAAAAGUAGUUUAAAAGACCAUUUAGGUCUUAUUUAUUCAACUUUACUGUUUUUAAAGGUAUGAAAAAUAGUUGUUCAUUUUUUUCACUGAUGUUGCAAAUGUAAUAAAAAUGUUCCACAGAUACUGCUUUAUACUUCAAGAUUUAACCAAUAAAUUUCAGAAAUACACAA